UGGAAGGGACCGCUGCUUCAUAUACCUGACUGUGUGUAUUAUUUCUGACAUACUGUGAUCAUUUGGAAUCUGUUGGAUCGAGAAUUAAGGACACUUGCUGUAUUUCACCCUCUGGGAUCGAAACGGAAGGUGAAAUGUGUAAAAUGCGGCUUUUCCAGCUUGUUUUUCCUUUAAUUGUUUUUGGACCAGUGUGGAGAGCAGUCCAGUGAAUCAAGCCUGUCUUUGGAUCUUCAGUGUGUAUGUAUGUAUGUGUGUGUGUGUGUGCAUGCAUGAAAGUGUGUGUGCAUGAGUGUAUGAGUGUGAAUAUGUGUGUGUAACCACUGCAAAAUUUUCUUGGAGGGGAUUUUUUCAAAGGAGUAUAUUUUUUGGUGUGUCUUUUGGAUCUAUGGAAUGCAUCUAGUCAGGACUGGACCCUUUGGGGGGGCAACAAUGUGGGUUACUGGGAAUGGGAAACCAACAGGACCCUAAGGCUUGUGUAGAUGCACCUUCUGACUGCCUCAGUUGUCUGAGAAAGUCAGACCUCCCUGUGGCACGCUUGGGCCGCUGGCAAUAAGAUGUCCCUCAGUAGUGGCACUGCAGGCGGGAAAGGUGUGGACUCGAAUGCGGUGGACACUUACGACAGCGGGGAUGAGUGGGAUAUUGGUGUAGGCAACCUGAUCAUUGACCUUGACGCCGACUUAGAGAAAGACAAGCUUGAGAUGUCUGGCACCAAGGACGGGGACGGAAUGGCUGCUGCUUCUAGUGCCGUAGCGGCAUUGCCGGACAACAUUAAGUUCAUUAACCCAGUGCCUCCACCUCCGAUCAAGGACAGCAAAUCCAAAGCUAAACGUAGCAAAAAUUCCAAGGACAAUAGCAAGUCCUCAACCCCUGAUGGGGCUAAGAAAGAUACCCAGAGACGGACCCCAAAUGAGGGCUGUGGGCCAACCUCGGGAAGUAGUUCUACAACUUUACCCAGCUCUGGGAAAGGUUCCGAUAAGAGUAAUAAGACUUCCCGUAACGUUCAGAGUGGAAAAAAGGACAAGGACGGCUCUGGGAAAAGCAAAAAAGAGAAAAAUGAAGGGGGACAAACUGGGGCCGUGCCCCAAGAAAAGGACCCAGCGACCCAGGGUUUGCCUUUAGAGCAGGCCCGCAAUACCCCAUUUGAGGGGGCACAAAAUACGGAUGGUGCAGAGCAACUAGGGAAUAUUACGCUCGAUACUGCUGUAAUAGUCGCACCGUUGACUAUCAAGAGCGAACCAGAGGAAGUGGAAAAUAAUGACUGCAGGACCAUAAAGAAAGUAAAAAGCGAGAAGAUGGAGUCUCCGGUGUCUACGCCGGCACCGCCACCGCUCCAUCUCCUCGCACCUGUCGGCAACAGCGACAUCUCCUCCUCAUGCGAGCAGAUCAUGGUUCGCACGCGCUCGGUGGCCGUCAACACCUCUGAUGUGGCUCUUGCCACUGAGCCGGAGUGUCUGGGACCCUGUGAACCCGGAACCAGUGUCAACCUGGAGGGCAUAGUCUGGCAGGAGACGGAGGACGGUAUGCUGGUUGUAAAUGUUACUUGGAGGAACAAAACCUAUGUGGGCACCCUUUUAGACUGCACUCGACAUGACUGGGCGCCCCCACGGUUUUGUGAGUCACCCACAAGUGACUUGGAGAUGAGGAACAGUCGUGGGCGGGGUAAGAGAAUGAGGCCCAAUAGCAACACGCCAGUCAAUGAGAACAGCAACUCUUCUGAUAAUAAAGGCAGCAACAACAGCAAGACACGAGCUGCGUCCAACAGUAAGGGUCGACGGGGUAGUCAGAAUUCCUCUGAACGUCGCACCCCACCAAACAGUAAUACUGAGGAUGUAAAGGCUAGCCCAUCAUCUGCUAACAAACGCAAGAACAAACCUGCCUCAGACAUGGAGCCCAAUUCCAGUUCAGAGGACACAAAGGGUAGCAAACGUAUGCGGACCAGUUUGAACAGUGGAAUACCUCACCCUAUUCUUCCCCUCUCCAACAUCAAAGCAGACCCAUUUCCCCCUUCUUUGGACCGCAACUGCCCCUCACCAGUGCUCAUUGACUGUCCACAUCCCAACUGCAACAAGAAGUACAAGCACAUUAACGGCUUGAAAUAUCACCAGGCUCGUGCUCACAAUGACGAUGACAUCAAGCUAGACAUAGAUGGCGAUAGUGAAUAUGGUGAGGACUCCACUUUGCACCCAGAGCCAGGCAGUUGCAAUGGUGCAUCCAUUUCCCAGAAGGGCUGUGCGUCUCCAGCACGGUCGAUCACCCCCAAAGGCAGAGGAUUUGAUGCGCAGAGCUCAUCACCCUCGUCAGGCAGAUUCAGCUCCAAGCAGCCUGGCAAGAAGAAACUAGAUGCUGAGCAUGAUUCUGGUGUGCCUAUGGAUGGCUGUGAAGAUGGCCCCUGUCUUACAGAUGAGACGAGCAAUGAUGGCAUUGAUGAUAAAAAAGGCUUGGAUAAAGCCAAGAAGUCUGGCAGUGGUACUAAGGCAGACAAGCUUGCUCAGAAGGGAACUAAGUCAGCAAGGCCCCUUGUUCCCUCCUUACCACCACAACAGUUGUAUGGCUUACCAACAGCUGGAUUUCCUGCCCCCAAUUCUGGAUCCUCCUCUAGUAUGGGCUCUGUGGUCCAGUCCAUUAGCAAAAGCCCCCAACUAAAAACUAUUCAACCCAAACCAGCAGUAAUGGGAGACCCGACAGUGAACCCAGCCUUGAGCGGCUCUAAGGACAAGAAGAAGAAAGAAAAGAAAAAGAAAGAGGGUGGUAAGGAAGGAGACAGUCCAAAAGCCCCUGGAAAAGGAGGGAAACCUGAAGAAGGUAAGAGCCCAUAUUCUGAGAGCUCAGACCAAGGUAGCAAGAGUGAGGGGCUGUUAAAUGGUUCCACAGACCCUCAUCAGAGUCGGCUAGCCAGCAUGAAAGCAGAGGCAGACAAAAUCUACAGCUUUUCUGACAAUUCUCCCAGUCCAUCCAUUGGUGUAGCCAGUCGGAUAGAAAGUGGUGGAAUGGCACAACCUCUCACUCCACUUCAUGUGGUAACCCAAAAUGGGGCAGACAACUCUUCUGUGAAGACCAACAGCCCAGCAUACUCUGACAUCUCUGAUGCUGGGGAGGAUGGUGAGGGCAAAGUGGAGGGUGUGAAGGUCAAGUCUGAGGAUCAGGCUGUUCGUGAAGGUGCCAAGAAAUCCUUGUUCCCACCCCAACCACCAAAUAAAGACUCCUCUUAUUUCCCAGGUUAUGAAGCCUACUACUCGCCCAAUUAUGGAAACCCAAACCCCAGUCCAGGAGUCUCAAACACUGCCACAUCGUUGCAAGAUGGUGCAGUAAAAGUGAAGAAAGAGGAAGAACCAGGGAACGACAAGAGCAAAUUGGAACAACCUGAAGAUCGAAAGCCAGACAUAGGUUCAUCCUCUCAGCAGCAACAGCAGCCUUCAGUCAUUCAGCAACGUUCUAGCAUGUUCAUGCAGCCCCUUUAUUACAAUCAGUAUGCCUAUGUAUCUCCCUAUGGCUAUUCCCCAGAUCAGGCCUACCAUAACCACCUGAUGAGCACAAACCCUGCUUACAGACAACAGUGUGAGGACCGGCAGCGACAAGCAGCCGAACAGCAUCGUGUUGUUGAGAAGAAGUCAGAGGCUGCUCAGAAGGACAGGGAAGCCACUAUGAAGUCUGAAGAAUGGAAGCAGAAAGCUUCAGUUCCCCCUACCUUGUCUAAGGCUCCAAGCCUCUCAGACUUGGGCAAGCCCUCCCCACAAGGCAAGCCCAAAGAUCCCACAGAUCCAGGCAAGUCAGUCAUUAUCCCUAAAGGGGAAGAUGGCAAGGGGCAGACCCAGCAGGGUGAGGGUUUAAAAAUGAAGCUAAGUGAAGCAGGACAUCAUGGAAAGGAUGAGCAGAAACUAGGCCUAGAUUCUGGAAGGUCGGCUAUGGAGCAGGCCAUGUACAUGUAUAGACAGGAGCCGGACUCUCGACUGUGGCCCUAUGUGUACCCCAGCAAGUACCCCGAUGCUCAGAAACAGAUAGAUGAUGAGAGGUGGAAGGAGGAGAGAGAACGUGAUCGUGAGCGAGAACGGGACAGAGAUCGGGACAGAGACCGCGAAAGAGACAGGAAGGGCAAAGAUGAAAGGCCACGUCCUAAAGACAUUCCCUCUAAAGAGGAAAGCAGGGAAGGGGCAGAGCCACGAACCUCAUCGGCCUCAGAGGAGCAUAGAGGAGUCAGCAAAGACCCACGAGCACAUAUGCAGUUCUCCUCACCUCUGCCGCAGCACCAGUCAUAUAUGUCCUACAUGCAUGGAUACCCCUAUAGCCAGGGCUAUGACCCCAGUCAUCCGGGAUACAGGGUGAUGAUGCAGAAUUACCCUCCGUCGUACCUGUCGCCAGGAUACUCUUUUUCCCCGUAUGGCAGUAAAAUGCCCCCUGGUGAUGAGGGCGAGAAGGCUCGUGCCAGUCCUACAGUGAGUGGCAAGUCUGCAUCUGAGUCCAAAGCCUUGGACAUCCUGCAUCAGCAUGCUAGCCAUUACAAGAGCAAAUCGCCCACGGUGGGUGAAAGGACACCCCAUGAAAGAGAUCGAAGUGGGAGUGAGAGGGAGAGAGAUAACGAACGUCCAAGAUCUUCGCCCUCUCACCGAAUCAUGCCCUCUCACCAUCACCUGGGUUACCCACUACUCCCAGGACAGUAUGACUUGUCCUAUGCUACAGGUAUCUCCUCUUCAGCUAUUGUUGCCAGUCAACAAGCCUCUGCCCCCUCACUGUACCCCCCAGCACGGAGGUGAGAAUGAGAGAAGUGACUGGCUGUUUUUCUGCAGACAUGUGACUGGUUCACAUGAGGACAUAGUGUGGAGCUUGUUACGACAUCAGAUCAAUGAUGUUCCUGAUUUAUUUUUGGUUUCCCGGAUUUCCCGGCAUCUUUGACCACCAUCGUCGGAGAAAGAAAGUGGAUGCCCAGCCUCGUAAUCGUCCAACUCCACCCCACCUCCGCCUGCCUCUGGAAGCGCACGUCCAGGUGCCCACCUCUCUGUGCUGCUGACUACAUACUCAGGAGAGAGGAGACACGGCCUGUCUGCAGAGAACCUCAUGAUGUGCAAGCUCUCUGAAACAUGGACCUACAGAGUGUGGGAAAUCUCGAAUGAACCCGGAAACAAAGACAUUCUGGAAGUCACUACAUUGUUGUGCUAAAGCGUGGGCCUUUAUGGAAAGCAUGAAGUGCUACUGUUCUGGACUGCUGCUCUAGAGCCCUGAGGAUUACUAUGUUGUUUGUUUUUGUUUUUUUUAUUGAGAGAAGGAUGCCAGCAUAUUGGCUGUCACUUUUCAGAUUUCUACAUAUACAUAAUCCCUCGCACUCUGUCUGUGGACUAUGCAAGUGGAUAAGACUUGAUUUCUUCACUCAGAUCAUUCAGGGCAGUAAACAUUUACUAUUGCGACACCAUCGUGUCCACAUUCUUGAUCUCUGGUAGACUGAAUCAUCUGUUUUUUUGUUGUUGUUUUUUAAAGGCAUUUGUUUUAAAACGCACUUCCGCCGUCUUCAAUGUUAAUUUUUCUUAUUUUAUGUCCUUUUAUUGCUUUUCAUUUUCAACUGUGGAUAAUGAACAUGUCGCCUAGAGUCAUUGGACAUUUUGCUGUGCAAGUCAAAAGCAGCAGAUUUUUUUUUCUAACCAGGACAAGGAAAUGUGUUGUUAUUGGUUGGUUCAGCAAUGGCCUGUGUUUCACUUCCGUAUGGACUUCUGACAGUUGGAUUGUCCGGGUUGUGAAGGGAAGAUGAGACAUCGGCUGCUCUCGGAGAUUAAGUGUUCCCAUUGGCGACAACUUUGAAUUCCAAACUGGACUCAAGGAAUUGGAGGUUUUUCUGGCCUGUAUUGCAGCAUUAACGUUGUACACAGGGCUAGCUGCUCUUCCCAAGCCCAGCUCUUGUGAUUUGACAGUCAAUUGGGGCACAAUAUGUUUGUUUGCCAAUGGAGUUACCAGACUGUACAGAACUGUGUUUGUCUGGUCACAAACUGAACUCUUUACUCAUGGAUACAUUGAUAUGCUGCUUGCUAAUCUCGUGCUAGACUGCAUGAGUGAAGUCCGAUGGCAGAUCUUCAAUGCUUACAGCGAUCUGAUAACCCCAAGAGAGGCGUAGAGCCAGCAACCACUGUCUGGACUUCAAACUUGGGUCGGCCCGAACUGAUCCACAGACUCACCAGACAAGGAAGACUGUGGCUGGAAACAUACGCUCUGCCUGCUGCUGUUGGAAAUCCAGGAUUUAAAAGAGGCUUUCGAACGUUCCCUCACUUUCUUCUGUUUGUCUGCAUGGUGUAAUUCAGCAGUCGGUAAAAGCAUUAACCCAAACAGAGAGCAAAGCGACAUGUGCAGGCGUCCUUCCUCUUCUCCCUCACUAUGUGCUUUGUAUAUAUUGUACAAAAGGAAUUAUUUUAAAAAAGGUUGUUGGAUGCUAUCUGAUUUUCUUACUAUCUCUUUUUUUUUUUUUUUUUUUUUUUUUUUGGUCUUUUAGCCUUUUUUUCUACCAUUGUUGACAUAUUUUCAACAUGUAGCUGGUAUAACAGCUUUAUAUUGGAAGUGUUUUUUUUCUACUUUUUCUACCCCUCCUCUUCAACAGCAAGUCAGUCCCACUCCGCUCUAAACUUUGUAGAAGCACAUCUUACUGCGGUUUACUCUUUGUGUUACUGUUUGUAAUACCGUCAUGGGAUUUUUAGUCUGCACCCCUUUCGAAUAUAUAGCCAAUGUCAGGAACAAAGACAAAAUGGGGAGGAAUUUACAACAAGAGUCCGGUGCUAUCUGUUGCUGGUUUUUCCAGUUCUUCAUUUUGCAGUUAUUGUCUGAAUAUGAAACUCUCAGGAGAGCAUAUUUAAAAUCUGAGCCUUUGAAAUCAUUUUGGCAUGUUCAUUGUUCUCAGCUCUAUUCUGGAAAACUUGAUUAUGGAAAGCCACAGGGAAGAAUGCAUUUUUCAAAAUACUAAAUAAUUUAUAGUGAGGAGGCAGCUUUUCCUCCCAUGUUAAACAUGACAAUUUGUUUUCCGCCUUUUUGUGCGAUGACUAAGUAUAGUCUGUAGUGAACAGCACCAAUUCAUUGCCCUUAUUUAACCUACAAAUCAGCAAAGGAACACAGGAAAUCAGCAAAUAUUUAAUAUCUGUAGGGUGGGUUCUUUUCUCCUUUGUUAAGAAUGCUAAUUUCAAGCCUCCCCUUGUCUGUUUUGAACUAAAACUUAUGUAAAUGAGGCCUCAUGUGUGCACAAUUCUAGUUUUAUUUUGUUGCAGGAAAGGCUCAGGCCAGAACCAUUUUUUUUUUUUUUUUGUAUCCUUUCAAAGUGGCGAUGGAAAACGUAACAUGUUAUAUGCUUAUUUAGGUCCUGUUUUCGCUACCUAAACUCAAAACGCAAACAAUAACAAUUCUAACAGAUUGUACUGCAGCACUGGUCUCGGCGACAAAAGGCAACAUCUCGCCGCGCAGUACAUGCUAAUAAGAGUGUCAGCAUUUUUAUAUAGAGUAAUAACCUCACUUUUAAUUGUUCUGUCUUUGCUUGUUUAGCCAGUAAACCUGUGCUGUCUGGUGACUUGAUUCAUAAUUGUUGAGGGAAAAAAGCGCUUGAUUGUUUUAAUUUAUUUUUUGAGGGUUCUUUUUUGUUGAUGAUGAUGAUGUUGUUUUUUAGUAAGUUUUCACCUCAUAGAAAGAUGAAGCAACCGGUUUUAACAGUUCACACCUUUGUUCAUAUUUGUCUCAGACGGUGCUAAUAUAGCCUGCCCUGGGUGAUCCUCAUGGGAAGAGAUGAGAGAUUUCUCUUUUUAUUUUCUAUUUUCCAAUCUAAUUAGGCCCCUCCCUUAAUCCGUCCCACUACUCAUGCCCCGCCCACCCCAAAUCAGCAGAGAGCAGCGGCUUGGUGUCUGUCAUCGGUACUUGAAAGAAAGAUGUUUACACCAGUUCAUUUGUGUUUGGAUGCAUUUCUCUUUGUAAAGCAUCACUCGCUCUUUCCUUGCCUACUUCACUGUCUCGCUGCCUCUGUCUCACUCUCUCUUCCUAGGGAUCUCUUAUGUAAAGUGUAAAUUGCUACAUUUUUUUAUACAAUACUGUAACUUGCCUUUGUACAUUUAGGCAGAAAAUAAAUCUUUUUAUGAGACAAUCA